GCACAAAGUGUGCCUUCAAUGAUCACAGCAAGUGCAGUAAAAUGACCCCGAUUUCGGAGCUGACCAACUCCCAGCCCACAGACCUACAGGGACUGUCAGAGGAGCUGGAAACUGUCAUGGGGGGAAUCAAAAGCCUACAGAUAAAUCAGGAGGCCAGUGUUCAGUCAUUGCAGAGAACAUACAAGGAACAUGGGGCAGUCAUGAUAGAACAAUUGCUUGGCAAUUUAAAUACUAAUAUAGAUAAGUGUUGUAAUAGUUCUGUGGGUACAUCAAACAAAAAUUUAAAAGAAGAAAUGUGUUGGAGUGUUCUUCUUAUCUUGAAUAUAUUUGAUAAUAUUACUGUGAAGGAACUAAAUAAGAUGAAAGAUGAAGUUAUAAGCAUAAAAGGGUCAAUUACAAGUUCUAUUCAUAAAUGCACCAGUCUUCACAAUGACUUGUUGCAAUUACUUGAAAUCGUUCAGAAAAUUGGAGAUAAUAAGGAGCUCUGCCUUAUAGCCAGCAUAAAAUGUAAGCAUAUAAUACAGCAGGCAUUGACUCUGCUUGGAAAGUCAGGCAAGGUGUUUAAGGUCCAGGGGAAGUCUGAGUACAAUGUAAGAAUACCAAGUGAUUCAGUUACAUGUGAUAUCACAGGCAUAUGUGUUCUUCCAGAUGGACAGGUCCUGGUUGUAGACUCGAGAAAUGACAAUGUCAAGCUGCUGAACCAGCAGUACCAGGUGGUGAGUCACUUGGAUGUGAAUGCUUGGCCAUUUGACAUUUGUUUGAUCGCACCGAGUGAGGUUGCAGUGGCUGUGAAUACUAGUAACAUACAUGAGGUCCAGUUUAUCACUGUCAACCAGGGAAAGCUUGUUUCUGGCAGGAAGUUUCAGUUACAACAUGAAUGUACAUUUAUUACCCAUCACCAAGGAGACCUUUUUGUCACCUCUGGUCAAGAACUGUACAAAUACUCACUGAAUGGCAAACUGAUCUGCAGACUCUACCAAGAUAGAUCAGCUAAUAGGACAGUAGGGAAGUGUGCUGUGAGUCCCACAGGAGACAGGCUGUACAUCACUAACUGGGACCAGUACAAGCUUCUCACCCUGGCCAGGGAUGGCACACUCCUGGCUACAUACUCAGACCCAGCACUAGGUGGUCUACAUGUGACCCCUGCAGGCCAGGUGCUGGUCUGUGGAUACUGGUCCUACACUGUACUACAGGUGGGCUGGAAGGGAGAGAGUAAGCUGACUACGCUGGCUACUCAGGAGGAUGGAGUGUGGAGGCCAUGGUCAGUCUGCUACAGCAGCACCACAUCAUCCAUCAUUGUGGGACAGGGGGGCGGCAACAUCCUGGUGUUCAGAGUGGAAUAGUGUGUACAUUGGCUGCUGAGUCAGGACAACGAUGCUGAGGAUGUGGUGGACAAGGAUGACCUGACUACUCAGAAGCAACUGCUAAGCUCAGAAGACCAAGGAGUAGUGAAAGGCUCAGCCAAAUCAAAGUCCAGCGAUGUGAGGGUGAGACAGCCUUCCCAUGUCCUCGUAUUGCAACAUGAAGGACAUUUUAGCUGAAACUAACAAGGGAGAGAACUGUAGAUCUGCACCAGCACAGAGCACCAGGAUUGAUAUCGAGUUGGCCCAGCAACCGCACGAGUCCCGCCUGCAGGAGCCCCAGUCCAGAACAACCCUUCCCCUCCCCUGACUUCUAACUCCUUCCCCUUGACCUCCUGACUGAAAAAGUCAGCAUCGUUGAACAACUCCGUUCUGCAGGAAAUUCUGAGCAUGAUUCUGGUCAAACGUCGAGUUGUCCACACAUAAGCCUGGGUAGUUUUGUUAAGCUAGAGUUCCGCUUGGGCCUGAAAGGGACGAGUUUUACAGACACGAAAAGUUAUAGCAGUAGUUAUGGUAACGCUAACAGUCAGUUGUUGCUGUUGGACAUCACAACAAAUAUCCUGAAGAACAAAAAGUUCAAUAACUUGUUCCAAUCUUUAUGGGACAAACAGAAAUUGAACGGGAGAAAAUCAAGGAACAAUAAAAGCGUAAGCUUUCCUAGUGGGAUGCUUCUGCUGUUGAUAGUUUGGAUGACAAUAGGGUUACGGACUGCCCCAGAUUGUCCAUUCAGCGGCCAAAAUAUCAUAAUGGAACGGACUUUUGGCAAUAUUACCGACAAAGAAAGGCAGUAAUGACUUGGUUGUGAAUACCUAGAGCACGAUACAUCCAUGCUGACACAAAAAGGCAGUAAUGACUUAGUGGUGAAAACCUAGAGCACGCUACAUCCUUGCUGACAAAGAAAUGCAGUAAUGACUUGGUUGUGAAUACCCAGAGCAUGCUACAUCCAUGCUGACACAGAAAGGCAGUAAUGACUAUGCUGUGAACACCCAGAGCAUGCUACAUCCAUGCUGACACAGAAAGGCAGUAAUGACUAUGCUGUGAACACCCAGAGCAUGCUACAUCCAUGCUGACACAGAAAGGAAGUAAUGACUAUGCUGUGAACACCCAGAGCAAGAUAUAUCCAUGCUGACACAGAAAGGCAGUAAUGAUUAUGCUGUGAACACCCAGAGCAAGAUAAAUCCAUGCUGACACAGAAAGGCAGUAAUGACUACGCUGUGAACACCCAGAGCACAAUACAUCCAUGCUGACACAGAAAGGCAGUAAUGACUUGGUUGUGAACACCCAGAGCACAAUACAUCAAUGUUGACUCAGAAAGGCAGUAAUGACUUGGUUGUGAACACAGAACACGAUACACCCAUGCUGACACAGAAAGGCAGUAAUGACUAUGCAGUGAACACCCAGAGCAAGAUAUAUCCAUGCUGACACAGAAAAGCAGUAAUGACUAUGCUGUGAACACCCAGAGCACAAUACAUCAUUUGCUGACACAGAAAGGCAGUAAUGACUUGGCUCUGAACACAGAGCACAAUACAUCCAUGCUGACACAGAAAGGCAGUAAUGACUUGGCUGUGAACACAGAGCUUAAUAUAUCCAUGCUGACACAGAAAGGCAAUUAUGACUUGGUUGUGAACACAGAGCACAAUACAUCCUUGUUGACACAGAAAAGCAGUAAUGACUUUGCUGUGAACUCAGAGCACGAUACAUCCAUGCUGACACAGAAAGGCAGUAAUGACUUGGAUGUAAACACCCAGAGCACAAUUCAUCCAUACUGACACAGAAAGACAGUAAAGACUUGGUUGUAAACACCCAGAGCACAAUACAUCCAUGAUGACACAGAAAGGCAGUAAAGACCUUGUUGUAAAGACUAAGAGAUCCAUAUAUACAUGGGGUGUGCCACAGCCGCAAAUUACGCCCACUAUUGUGAACAAGGUGCUUAAAGUGAACAUGUCUGGGUUUGGUAUGAGGACUAAGCACUCCAAGCCCAGAAGGCCUCGCAUUGAAUUGAUGCAAGAGAAGGCUUUGAAAAAUAUUAGCAGUUUUGUUGUGUGGUCCAGUACGCCCUUCGACUCUCAACCUGAAGAAAGCAGAACUCAAACUCGGCUCUUAGCAAUAUCAGCAAGACCAGCAUGUCAUCUCCGCUUCUUGACCUUCAGUGAACUUUACUAGCAAACAUGACAAACGUCAUUGAAAUGAAAGUCGAUGACAACCCCCUUCUUGCACAAAUACUACAACUUGCUUAAGAAAAUCAGCAUGAAGACGUCUUGCGUCAGACUACCAAGCCUCCUAUCAAUAUAUCCUCCCAUGUUGGCUACAUCAACACUUCCAACAGCAGAGCCUUGGUGAGUUUGACUUCCGUCUCAGCAUCCAUGUCGCUUAGCAACAAUUGAAUGAUGGGCGUCGACAAAUUAGGCCGGACAAGUCGCUCAAACUGAAACGAUCUGAUCCAACAGAUCAGUACCCUGCUGAAAAACAGGAUCCCUGGUCAGCUGGGUCCCAGAUGCCCAGCAACACUUCCUGGCCCAGGACCUUGGGGCAAAUGCUCAACAUGUCCUAUCUGCAUGGUGAAGCUAGUCUUAUUCUUGGGCUCCAAACUCUCCUGCUGUGGGGCCGAGAUUACCUCAUCCAUAAGAGGCCUUAUACUCACAAGUUCAGGCCCAGAGAACAGUGUUCCCCAACUGCAACACAACCAGUACGUCUCAAUAGAGGACACCCUUCCUGAAAACCUCGCUUAGUGCGACUGCGCCAUACGUGACCCUUCAGUGAACUGAGAUUCCAGGCGGAAUGUCAAACUGGUACUACUCAGGUCUCCAGCAAUAGCCUCAGCCUUGGACGCAGGUUCAUGAUGCACCCAUGGCCUUACUUAUUUCUGAACAUCUCAAUCUCACAGCAAUUGAUGUGAAUUAAUGAUAAUAAGACUCCACAAACCACGUUAUGGAGAGGGUAUAUUGAAGUCAAUGUUCUCUUAUCAUGUUAAGUGUUUGGAAGUACAUAGCCACGUCAACGCAGCAGCAAAAACAACAGUAGCAGUCUAGUCAAGGGUCACCCCGCAACGUUCACUGCCUAGCGAUGAAAUCAUCCACCGUUACAUGUAGUUGAAAACCUGGGAAGCAGAGCAAUGAGUAUGUCCCAGGAGCAUUUGCAGUCACAGCAAGUGAACCAGCGGCAGUCAUCGUCUCCAGAUUCUGAGAUCCCCAUGCUUCACAACCCUUAGUCUAUGAAAAUCAUGCAGAGCGAACCUUGGACAUUGACGAAAUCAACCCGGCAAAUCGGAAGGACAGCCUGUUGCUACAGUUAUCAUAUUAACCCAGUCAUACCAAAGAAGCUCAGAGAUAUAAAUGCUGUUUAAGAUGUGCUAGUCUCCACAUACUCCAUGUCUGGUGUGAACAUGUACAAUUGAAGGUCUCUACAUACCCCAUGUCUGAUGUGAACAUGUACAAUUGAAUGUCUCUACAUACUCCAUGUCUGGUGUGAACAUGUACAAUUGAAGGUCUCUACAUACCACAUGUCUGGUGUGAACAUGUACAAUUGAAGGUCUCUGCAUACCCCAUGUCUGGUGUGAACAUGUACACUUGAAUGUCUAGAUACCCCAUGUCUGGUGUAAACAUGUACAAUUGAAGGUCUCUACAUACCACAUGUCUGGUGUGAACAUGUACAAUUAAAGGUCUGUACAUACCCCAUGUCUGGUGUGAACAUGUACAACUGAAGAUCUCUACGUACCCCAUGUCCGGUGUGAACAUGUACAAUUGAAGGUAUCUACAUACCCCAUGUCUGGUGUGAACAUGUACAAUUGAAGGUAUCUACAUACCCCGUGUCCGGUGUGAACAUGUACAAUUGAAGGUCUCAUCUUUGAAAUUGGGACAGGUGGAAAAUUGAUGCAUUGAUGCAGACAGAAGUCGCAUAAUGACAAAUCACAACAAAAAGUGAAAAUCCAGACAGUCUUGUGGCCAGCCAUGUUUUUAUGUGACCAUCCAAGUUGUGUUCAAAGAAAACAAUAGUUCAUGUUUUAUUGGAAAUAUGAUGCUGAUAGUCAUUUUAUGUAAAAGGCUUUUAUGAACUGUAUUUAAAUACUCAGUAUAAUAAGAUUAAGAUUACUUGAUAAAAGCAAUAAUGAACAAUAUUAUUUUAAGAGCAAAAUUAGCAAGUCUAUCCAAUUACUGUGUCUGUAUUAUGAAAUUUUAUUUUGGAAAUGUUAAGGAAAAUAUAAUGUUACUAAAUAUAUGUCUAUUAGUGUUCAUUUUAACAUUUGUCAAAGCUGUUUAAAUGAUGCCGGUAACUUUGACAAAAUUGAAAGAAAGUGUAUUCUUUUCAUGUAAUGAGACAUGCUUCAGUUUGUUUUGGCUUAACAUGUAAUAUAGAGGUGGUAGUAGGUUAAACACAUUGUUUAGACAGGUGGAUAAUUUUAAUGCUAAGGCUUUGAUAACUUUAAGUGUGCCCAUUGGUGUCAGGUGUUUUUGUCAAGCAUCUUGUUUAUUAUCUUAGUAUUUGAAGACAAUAUUGAUUAAUUUUAGACAAAAUCAUUUAAUCUUCCUUAAAUUGUCUAUUCGGUAUUUACUACCAGUUAUUUAUUAAUUUACUUGAACAUGAUUUAAUAAUGACUUUUUUGUUGCUUAAAAUGCUUUAGAUCUAUAUGUUUUAAAACUAAGCAUUUAAAAACGAAAAUAUAAGAUGUGGGAAUAAUGUCUAAAGUUAUGAUAGUUAUUUUUUGUUUUUGUAAAGUUAAUUUUGCCUUAUAUGUUUGUGUAUAGACAUUUAGACGACCAGAUUAACCUGACCAAGAAUUCUUGAUCAAUGUGUAUAUCGGUCACUUCAUUUGUCAUUUGUAUAUAGAGCGAUUGCGAAAUGAUCGUAUUGUUAAUGAAAAUCAUGCGUUUAUUGUUGCCAUUUUGAUUUUUGCUGUUAACAUGUAUUUGUACAAACAAUUGUCAUCCUGUACAUCUUUUAGAUGCCAGAUAAUAAAAACAAACUUUGCUUGUGGGAAUGCUCAUUUAAAACUUUCUUAAUGAUACAGAACAACACAUUCUGAAGAGGCUAAUAAAUUAUGCUUUAGGCAAUAGGAACAUCUUGUUACUAGUAUAUGUACUGCUUUUCAUUAGAUAAAGUCAACUAUUGAAAGAUUGGUUUAACUUUUUUUUGCAUUAUCUUAAGAAAAAUUAAUAUAUUCUACUUGGAAAUCAGUCAAUUGCAAAUCAAGCGAGAGUGAUUUAACAUGCUAACACUUGUCAAUAAUUGAAUUGUCUCUCUUUGUACAUAAAUAUAGGGAUGUUGUUGCUUGAAAAACAAAGUUAUAUCCGUUGUUAGAUAAUGCUUUUGUUUAUCUCUCAACAUAACAAGUACAUUCAUUUGUUCAUCUCUCAACAUAACAAGUACAUUCAUACAGUUAUUAAAAAUAUGACACUCUUAAUUCUCAGCCAUCAGUUUGUAUUGGGAUGUUGUGGAAUACUUACUAAACUAAUAUACGUCUGUUUUAUGAAUGAAUAGCUAUGGUACAAUAUGAUACUCAGUGUUACAAAACAUGUGUAAUAAAAAUAUAAUGUCAUUUAUUUGAAAUCAUAAAAUUUAGUUGUCCAUACAAUGCUUACAGUUUUGCACUUGCGAUGAUAAAGGAAAUGUUCUGCUCAAAAUGUCUUUUUAAGACAUGUGAAAAUUGUAGCAAUCAUAUUGUACUUGUAUUUAUAUUAUACAUGAUAAGAAUUUACUUAUGGCUGAUGAUAGCGGCUGUUUACUAUUUGUGUAACAGUUUGUUCCACUCGACCAUUAGACCGUAUUUCCUUAAACAUGUGAUUGUUUAUAUUGAACUUAAAUUGAAUGCAUGAAACAUGAUUGUUCUGUUGCUUAACAGUUGAAAAUAGCUUGAUGUUUGUAAAAUUGUAUGAAAUGUUUCAAAUAAAUCAUUUUGAUUACAUACAAAAAUAAAAUUACAUUUUGCGUUACUUUGAAUGCAUAACAAACAAUUGUUACCAUACAAUCAUAUUAGUAUUGAACUUAAUUAAUACUUUAACUUUAAGAUGCGAUUUUUACAAUAAUGUGUUAAUAUUUUCAUCCAUUCCAAAUAAGCAUUGUGCAUUAGUAAAUAUAGGGUGUAUAUACACUGCUUAGAUGCCUUUUUUAAAUUGCUUGUGUACGUCAUAUUGAUUAAAGACUCUUAUGUAUUGCAUAUUUGUGUGUGCCAAUGUCUUACUUAUUUCUUCACAGUCCUUAAAUUACUGCAAAUAGUACUUUAAGAAUGUUAAAAUAUUUAUCUUAACCCUUUCAGUGCGGGAACCUAAUUUUGAAGGCCUUUGCAAACAGUUUGGAUCCAGAUGAGACGCCACAGAACGUGGCGUCUCAUCAGGAUCCAAACUGUUUGCUAUUCUGAUAGUAUUCUUUGAAAAAAAUCGAAGAAAAUGCUAAUUUUAGAAAUUCAGCAGACGACAUUUUAGCAGACGACAAAUUUCCCAGCAUGCAAAGGGUUAACUAUAACCAGGUUAUCUGUUAAUUUAAGUUUCAUACAUAAUAUUUAGUGCUAAUAAAUCAGCACUAUUUAUUGAUUUUUUAUAUGGGCACUUCCCAUGACUUUAUUCGUGAAUAUUUCUUUGAAUGUGCGGUAGGGAAAACAUUGUUUGCUUGAAGGUUAGAAACUUAAUGUUGACAUCUUGAAAGAUGGCAGUAAACAUUUAACUGCAGAGUAGCUGGGGAAAAGAUUGCUGUUAAACAAUGUUAGACAGAACUCCACGCAAGAUAUGUCAUGCAUGCGAUAUGCAUGAACUAUCUUUUUAAAAUAAUAUGGAUCUGAAUUAUUUUUAAGAAAUGGUAUGGUUAUGAGGGUCUCUAUGUGCAAAAUGUUGCAUUUAUUUAGUGUACAAGUUAUUGCUUAAACAUUGAAUUUGUUGUAGAAAUAAUAUAGUUUAUGUGACUUAAAGAGAUAUACACGUUUAUGUUAGUGAUGUGUUUUUGCUGAUCCAAGUCUGUUCCUACACACUAUUUAAAGUAGAUAACUACAAGUUAUCUCAUUUAAAUGGGAAAAGUAUUGUACUGUGAAAAAGUGUUGUGAGUUCAAAUAAAAAUACUAUGAAC